GUCGUAUACAAAACGAAUGCCAAAUGGCUAGGAUCGUUCUCUGACUUGAAUUCUAACUGUGUGCACGAGUUGGAACCGGACUUCCCUUCCCUGUCCUCGUUUCUCUCCUUUUCACUUCUUCUCUUCUCUUUUCCUCUCCUAUACACUUCUCGUUCAAAGGUACGUAUGUCUCAACUUUCGUCAGCCUAUUCAUUUUACUUUUCCUUUUUGGGGUUUCUUUCUAUCGAAAUCUCCAUUAAUGUUUCCUGGUGUUAACUUAAUUCUGCUUUUUUGCACGAAUAUGGAAAAACAUGCAGAUUCUGAGUUUUUUUUCUUCAAAAUUAUCCCGGUCCGUUUUUAACGUUUCAAUGAACUUUUCAUGGAUCUGAAUAUAACAAGUUAACAACACUCAGAUUUGCCAUGGCUACGGUUACUUUGUAUAAUAUCUCUGUUUUCUCCAUUAGUUUUUCAUCUUCUUUAAUAUCUGCUCUCAAAAAUAAAUCAGUUCUCAGUAAAUAUGCUCAGUUUUAGGUUUUAGAUCCGCUUGCAGAUUAUAUUUAUUUUAUACUUUUUCAUUGAUGGAGUUUUAAACUUGGAAACGUUAUAAUAAUGUCAUCAGGCUCAGGCUUGACGGUUCUCUUGUGAAUUCCAAAUCACGAAUACAAAAUUUUGGUUUAGUGGCUAAAUGUUAUCCUGCACUGAUUUUUUUUAUUCUAUAUGGGGGUCCCCACAUUAUUAAAAGAAAGAAUUAUAGCAAUCUGUUCAUUUAUUGCUUCUUGUUUUGUGGAUUUAAAGGGGUUUUGAAGAGUUGGAGAGAUUACCAUUCUUUUAACCUUAUAUAUUCUAUUAUUUGAUGUCUGCCCCGCCUACUGUAAGUUGAUAAGUAUAGGAACUUGGUAUGACCAGAUCUUAUAAGAUUAGUUUGAAAUUAGUUUCGUUUGGUAGAAUCCAAAUUCUUAAUAUCUUCGCUGUAACGACUCUGUUUUUAUCUAGUGAUUCUUUCAUUAACUUCAAGAAUUCUACAAUCUUUUUAUAACCGCUUACUUUGUUCAUAUUCCUUUUAAAAACAAAUUGAGUGUCAGCCUUCAAGGGGUAGAAAGUUUGCUCCAAAGACAAGAUGGUAGCUGACGAUAUCUAUACAAAUAAUGGGACUGUGGAUUUCCAUAAGAAUCUUGCCAACAAGAACAAAACCGGGAAUUGGAAAGCCUGCCGUUUCAUUCUUGGAAAUGAAUGCUGUGAACGGUUGGCAUACUAUGGAAUGGGGACCAAUCUGGUCAACUAUCUCGAACAACGUCUCAAUCAGAGAAAUGUCACUGCAUCAAACAAUGUUACGAAUUGGUCUGGAACAUGCUAUGUUACACCAUUGAUUGGAGCCUUUUUAGCUGAUGCAUAUUUGGGUAGAUACUGGACAAUUGCUAGUUUCUCAAUCAUCUAUGUCUUUGGUAUGACACUCUUAACGUUGUCUGCUUCUGUCACUGGACUAAAGCCAUCGUGCAAUGGGGAUGUCUGCCACCCAACAUCAGGACAAACUGCAGUCUUCUUUGUAGCGCUAUACAUGAUUGCUCUUGGUACUGGUGGAAUUAAGCCAUGUGUCUCAUCCUUUGGUGCUGAUCAGUUUGAUGAAACUGAUGAGAUAGAGAGGAAAAAGAAGAGCUCCUUUUUUAACUGGUUUUACGUCUCAAUCAAUAUUGGAGCACUUAUUGCUUCAUCUGUUCUAGUAUGGAUACAAAUGAAUGUGGGCUGGGGCUGGGGUUUUGGAAUCCCAGCUGCUGCAAUGGCUAUUGCGGUUGUACUCUUCUUUUCUGGUAGUCGAAUGUAUCGUCUUCAAAAACCUGGGGGAAGUCCACUCACAAGGAUUUUUCAGGUUAUAAUUUCAUCCUUCAGAAAACUCAAUGUGAAAGUUCCUGCAGAUAAAACUCUUCUUUAUGAGACUGCCGACGAAGAAUGCAAUAUUCAAGGGAGCAGAAAGCUAGAGCACACAGAUAUGUUGAAGUUCUUUGACAAGGCUGCCGUAGAGACUCAAAAUGACUAUGUUAAAGGAUCAGUAAAUCCAUGGAGACUGUGCACAGUAACUCAAGUUGAGGAGCUCAAAUCAAUUAUCGGGCUGCUUCCAAUAUGGGCAUCAGGAAUUGUCUUUGCUACUGUUUACAGUCAAAUGAGCACUAUGUUUGUUUUGCAAGGCAACACAAUGGACCAACACAUAGGCCCACACUUCAAGAUCCCCUCGGCAUCUCUCUCCCUUUUUGACACCCUCAGUGUUAUCUUUUGGGCUCCUAUAUAUGACAAAAUCAUUGUCCCAUGUGCAAGGAAAUUCACCGGGAAUGAGCGAGGUUUCACCAAGCUCCAACGAAUAGGCAUUGGCCUUGUUCUUUCUAUCUUUGCAAUGAUCACUGCAGGUAUCUUGGAGGUGAUCCGGCUCAAAAUUGUCAGGAAGAACAACUACUAUGAUCUUGAGUAUAUUCCCAUGUCAAUCUUCUGGCAAGUCCCACAAUACUUUAUAGUCGGAUGUGCCGAAGUUUUCACGUUCAUUGGGCAGCUAGAAUUUUUCUAUGACCAGGCACCUGAUGCUAUGAGAAGCUUGUGCUCAGCACUGUCACUAACAACUGUUGCAGCAGGAAACUAUUUGAGCACUUUGCUUGUUACCAUUGUAACUAAAGUGACCACUAGAAACGGGAAGCUUGGAUGGAUUCCAGAUAACCUGAACAGGGGUCAUCUUGACUAUUUCUAUUGGCUCUUGGCUAUCCUCAGCCUGGUUAACUUCGUGGUGUAUCUUUGGAUUGCAAAGUGGUAUACAUACAAAAAAAUAACUGGACGAACGCCCUUACUCACACAGUAAAUCCUAGGACUUCAAUAUGCCUUCAUUGAAAUUUGCAUGCUUGCUUUGGAGAUUUCAAUUUACUUUGUCGAAUUUGCAAAUUAUUUUAGAUUCUUACUUGUUUGUUUCAAAGGGGAAUUACAGUUCUUGUAAAUAAUGUUAGUGACAUUUAAUUCUCGAUCUGGUGUCGGACUGCUAUUUUCUGUUGGUACAAAUAGAUCACAAUUAUAUG